CAGCUGUGCCCCAGCCUCACAGCUCCUCUGUCCACGAGGCCUGGGACACAGUGGCCUCUGCGGCAGGGAUUGGGACCACCUGGUCUCUCUUUAGCGGAAGUUUGCCAGUGGUCACUUCUUGCCAUCUUAUGUCCUGCAGAAGCCAGAGUGAGCACAUCAGCCUUGUGGGAAUCAGGCCUGUAGGGGGCAGUGGUCUCAUCCCAGUGGCAGGUCACUGUCCUAGUUUGUACAAGGACACUCCUGACCUCCCGAAGCGUCUCUGGUUGUGGAUGCGCUUUGCAUCCUCCCACCUGUGCAGGACGCCUGCAUGCUACUUCUCCUGGGGACACAAGUUUCCCAUGGGCAGCGCUCUGCUCUGCCAUGUCCCUCUGGGAAUGGCUCCUGUUUUGAAGGACAGUUUGCUGGAUGUCACGUUCUUGGUGGACACCUUUCCUUUCAGAGCGUGGACGGUGUCCUGCCCCUCUCGGCUUCCGUGGGCACAGGAGAAGCAGUGUCUGGCCGCCAGCUGCAGCCAGAGGAGCCAGAUGUGGAGACUGAGGACACCUCUGUGACCGAGGGGCCUGCAGGGGAGAUCAUCCGACCCCGGCCACAGGGGUCUUCUCCUGUCUAUGAAUGUGCAACAGAGGGUGACGGCUUUGGAGUCCAGGACGACGCCCCCAGCAGGCGGGGGUCCUCAGGGAGACGGAGAUCCUGGUGGAAGCGGGACUCAGGUGACGCUCGGACCUUCUCCAACAUGAGUCGCCCACAGCCUGUGCAGGAGGCAACAGAGGUGACGCUCAAGACGGAGGUGGAGGUGGGAGCCAGCGGCUACAGCGUCACAGGUGGUGGAGACCAGGGAAUCUUUGUCAAGCAAGUGCUGAAGGACUCCUCUGCAGCCAAGCUCUUCAGCUUGAGAGAAGGUGACCAGCUACUCAGUGCCACCAUAUUCUUUGAUGGCAUUAAAUAUGAGGAUGCGCUCAAGAUCCUGCAGUACUCAGAGCCAUACAAGGUGCAGUUCCAGAUCAAACGGAAGCUCCAUGCCCCUGAUCAUGAAGAGUGGGCUCUGCACAGCGCCCAGCACCGGUCCGAGGAGAAGCAGGACAAAGAGGUUGCAGACGGGUGUGAGGAGACACCCAAGAAGACCCUGGAGGAGGACGGAGACCGGGAGAGACUCAUCACCGAGCCCACGGAGGCCCGAGGCAGGAAGUCCCGGGACAGGUUCUCCUGGCCCAAGUUCCAAGGCGUGAAGGGCAAGCAGCGGCCAGGGCCCCGGCGCUCACACAGCUCCUCUGAAGCCUACGAGCGUGGGGGUGCCCGGGAAGUGUCCCCCACCAGCACAGACACGGAGGCUCAGUUCCCCGCUGAGCACGGGGAGCAGAAGGGAAGGAGAGAUGGCCAGAGGAGGAAGAGGAGAUUCCUGAGUCUGAGGUUCAGGAGGGGCUCCAGGCCUGAAACAUCCACCGCAGGGCACCAGGAGAGAGAGAGGCUUGGGGGACUGGACACCACCGGGGUGCUGGAGGAGAGCACAGAGGACACAGGGGCCGGGGACAAGAGCCAGAAUGGGGCACAGGCAGAAGAAGCCAGGCAGGCACUGACCAUGAAGCAGGCCAUGGAGUCCAGCUUCCCCGCACAAGGGGAAGGGGCCACGGCAGGACACCAAAGGAAGAAGAAGUGGGACAAGCCCACAGAGCAGGCGACAGCACAGGGAGAAGCCAGAGCCCAACCGACCCGGGCGACAAACAAGGAUGAUGAAUGGGAAGAAGCGCAAAGCCUGACAACUGGGAUGCAGGCGACAGCCCUGAGGGGCACAGGAGUCACAGACGGCACCCAGACACCACUGAAAGAAAUCGAGGUACGGAUACUAGAGUUAAAGACACCGAAAUUUACCUUUUCCACAGAAAGAGGCCCAGAGAUAGAAGACAAGAAAGGGCGAGGGCAGAAGCAGAGCAGGGAAACCACAAGCACAGUCCUGGCUGGACACGAGGCUGAGGGACAGGCAGAGACACAGCGUGUGGAAAAAGCUCAGCCUAAGACAGGAGGCACAGGACCAGGAGAAAAACCAGAGGUCAGGGAGAGAAAAGGGCAGGAAACACAAGGCCCCCACGGAGAGGAUACAGAAAAGGAGAGUGCUGACCUAAGGACAAAAAUGUCCAGAUUCAAAAUGCCAGCAUUUGUGUGGUCACCAACUAAAGAGGUGAUGACAGAAAGAGGAAAGCAAGUGGCACGAAAAGAACAAGAACCACUCAGGAUAGACACAACGGCAGAGCAGGAGGGGGAGGCCGGCCAGCAGGCCAUGAAGCUGCUGGAGGGUGCGCUGCCCGCCGCCGGAACCGGCCCCGGCCUGAAGGGCCACCUGCCCAAGGUGCAGAUGCCCAGCAUCAAGCGAGCUGGAGGUGUCGCUGCCCAGCGUGGAGGUGGACGUGCAGGCCCCGGGCGGCAAGCUGCAGGGCGAGGUAUCUGCCAAAGCGUAUUCAUUAGAUGUGCCCUCUCUGCUGGUUCCAUGUUCGUUGUCUUCUGGUGGUGGGAUUAUUGUAUCCUCUAGUGAUGUUUUAAACCAUCAGAAGUUUGCUGAAAUUUUUUACCCUUUGGACUCUCACGAUAGAGAUAACCCUGAAGGUCACUUUCCAGUUGAAUCCCAUACGAGUUCUGAUGUGACGUAUUCUUCAGAUGCAGGGGACAGUAGGUUCAAGAUCUCUUCUGUUGAAGUACCUUCCUUCCAUUUUUCACAGUUUAAAGAAAUGAAGGGAGCUCCUGGGCCUGAAAAGCCUCGUCCUUCAGCCCUCCUUCCGCCUGCUCCCUCUGUAGGGCCUGAUCUGUCUCCUCUUGAGCCUGUGGAACAAGUUGUUUCAGGCUCACGCACAGCCAUGGUGCUGCCCAAGCUCACCCUCUCGGGUCUCCCUUCCUACAGCAGUGGGAGCUUUGACCUCACUUGUAGUGGGCCAGCAUCCUCGUUCCUCCCUCCUUCUGAGUGCGUGGCGCUCACCCAAUUCCCAGUUGCUGUGCUCGCGCCCGGAGGUCCCCAGAAUGGUGCUUCUGGGUCCCUAGCCUUGGCCCCUUCUGUCAGAUCACAGUGCUCUGCGGACCCCCAGGCUGAGCAGGAUCCUCAGGCCAGCCCCACUGGCCAGCACUCUUAUCUCGAAGAUCCCCUGUCUCUUAGGGUGACUUUCCCUAAAUUCCACAAACCACGGUUCAUGGUUCCAGUCCCACUUGCAGUGGCUCCUGAGGGAGGCACUGCUGAGUGCAGUCUGGCCCCGCCCCUUGGCCAAGAGCUGGGGCAGGACUCCUCUGCUCGUGCAGUUAAAGUGUCCCCACUGUCAGGCUCCCAGCCGGCACCCAGGGCUGCUCCUGCGUCACAGAUGUUGGAGGAGGCCCCAAGCCUGUCUGUAGAAGAAGCCUCUGCAGAAGGUGCUGAUGGGGAAGGGACUGGGGGUUCCUUCAAAACUCCUCGCUUCAAGCUGCCAUUGUUCAGCCGGUUGUCAAAGAAGGAGGCCAGACCAGCAGGAGAUACCUCACGCCAACUGGAGGAUCACUCAGGCAGCCUCACUGUGGAUCUGGGUCAUGAGGACUUCUACCCUGGGGUUCAGGGCUCCUGCAUGGAGGCACAUGAGGCCCCUCCUCCAGGGAAGGAAGGCGAUUUGGGGAAGACCAGGAAGGCUGGCUUCACGCUCCCAAGACUGGCCCUUCCCAAGUUGAAGGCGUCCAAGGUACAGGCUGGUCUGAAGCCACAGGGAGACGCAGACACACUGCUUUCUAGCAGCGCAGCCACAGGUGACCAUGAAGCCACAGGAAGGAGUGGAAGUGAGGGUGGUGUGGGCAGCACUGGCCUUCUUGAUGGACCCCAAGAAGCAGGGCAUGUGGCCCACCAGCUGCCCCAGCCUCCCUUCCCUAGGGUAGCCUUUGCCAAACCCGACGUCCCAUCUUCCCCAGCCAAGGAGGGGGUAAGCCAGCGUGAGGCUGAUCGCAGGUGGGACUCGGCGGUAGAAAGAGACAGCAAAGUAUCUGGGCUUGGGGACAUUUCAGCCAGUGGGCCCCAUGGGGAGGGGACAGCCCCCACCAUAGAAGAGCCCCUGAAGCCAUCCCUAGGACAUGCAGACCAAGUCCCCACCCUGGACAGACCAGAGGAGGCCCCCACUGCGGAGGGUACAGCACCUGAGUUGCAAGAGCGCUGGUUCAAAAUGCCCAGGCUCCGCAUGCCUGGCUUCGGGCGGCCCUCAUCCAAGGAGCGAGGCGGGGCCCGGGAGCAGGACGUGGCUCAGGCGUACAUGCUGGUGGCCACUGCACCGGCACAGGCGGCCGCAGCUGGCAGUGCCCUGGUGUCCUGUGUUCCUGGGUCAGAAGUGGAGGCCAGUGUGUCCCUGCAGUCCCCAAACACAGCGGCCACUGUGACAGGCUGUGAAAGUGCAUGCUACUCAGAUGUUCUGAAGCGUGAUCUCUACUGCUCAGGCUUGAAGCCACAGCCCCCCACUGUGGGGGGGACCGGAGGGGACCAGCCCCCCUCCAAGGUCCGCACUCGUCCAGCUGAAGGCUCCCUUCCUCUUCAGGAACCCAGCGGGAGGCCUUUAGAGCCCCAGGCUCCUGCGGCAGAGAGGUGCACCCUCACCAGGGCGGAGGAGAAAACAGAGCUGCAGCCCUCCCUGCCAGAAGGGCCUGUGACGCUGAGGGUGUCCAGCACCAACGUGCCAUCCCAGGUCUCCGUGGUGGACAUGCGGCAGCUCUGGGAAGACUCUGUGCUCACAGUCACAUUCCCCAAGCUCCGAGUGCCCAAGUUUUCCUUCCCAGCCCCUGGCUCAGAGGCAGACAUCUUCUUCCCCGUGGUGAGAGACGAGCGGGGAAGAGGGGUAGGUGUGGACCCGGGGCCCGGGCUCUGGGAUGCCAGCCUCCUGAGGGCGGGCCCUGGGGAGCCCAGGGAGCAGCCUGCAGGCCCUGACCAAGCCUUGGAAGCCUCCCCAGUGUCCAAGGUGAAGGUGCACAUCCAGGGGGCGCAGGGCGAGAGUCGCGAGGUCAUGGUGUGCAGCCAGGUGAGGCGAGAGUGUGUGGAGCUCAUGGUCCCCGAGACCAUUUCCACUCAGAUGGUGCGGGAGUCAGAGAUCCACACAUCCACUAUGCAGACGCCUUCUUAUGGGUUUUCUUUGCUGAAGCUGAAGCCCCUAGGGCCUCCUGCUCAAGCUCCAGAUCCCAGGGCACAGGAGGGCUCUGCUGCCGCCAGAGCAGACUCCUUCCCUGAGGACAGUGCCCCUGAGGCCGCAGAGCCAUUCGAGGUGCUCUCUGCCAGUGCCAGCCUCCCCAGGCCGCCGACGAUAGGGUCUGAAGUUCCUGCCAGGGCCCCGACUGCAGACAGUGGCUCUGACGAUGAAGAGCCUGCAGAGAUCCUCGAGUUUCUGCCCGAGGACAGUGAGGAGGCUGCAGCACCACCAGCGGCUGAAGACAGAGCUCUGAAAGGCAGGCCAGGAGGAAAAAAGCCUGGUGCGUUCUGGUCCUGGCUUCCGAGCAUCGGGUUCUCCUCCACUGUCAGCGACACCACUGCCGACUCCAGAGAAGACACCCAAGGAUCUGUUCCUGUCCAGACCCAGCCAGGGCCUCGGCCAGACUUGGAAUCGCCUAAGAGGCAGGAGAGAGUGGGCUGGUUCCGGUUUCCCAAAUUAGGGUUCUCCUCCUCGCCCACCAAGAAGACGAAAAGUGUAGAGGACGAGACAGGCGUGGCUGAGCAGCUGCUCCAGGAAGAAAGUGUCACCUUCUUUGACGCCCGGGAAAGCUUCUCCCCUGAGGAGAAGGAAGGUGAGCCAGGCGUGAGCGCCCCAGGCACCACCGGCAUGGUGGCCUCCCCAGCGAGAACGGAGUUGAUCCUGUUGGAGCCAGACCCUCACGCCAGCGAGGAAUCUGAACCCAGGCCCACGAGCAAAUGAAGGCUGCACAGGUGCAACAUCAGGGCAGUGGCUGGGCACCUGCACAGAGCUCCCUGUCCUGGCCCUGCACAGCACCCCAAUUCACAGAGCUGAGCAAAGCAGAGGCCGACAGCACCUCACACUGCCCUAAACAGAACCCAAUAUGCACCAGCUCCUGCCGGGCUUCGGAGGCAAAGAAGCCACCUAGAUUCUUCCCAAUGCAGACCUAGUGUCUGCGUGUCCUGCUGCUCCUCCAGCGUGCUCAGCCCUGAACCCUGAACCCAGAACCCAGAACCCAGCUUGUACAGCUGCACCAGGCCCCGGUGGAGCAGGCUUAGUGGUCCCCUGGUGGCAAUAAAGGAAGCAGUGCGUCCCAGUGA